AUGGCGACCCCGACCUCCAGCCCUCUGCUGAAAAAGCCCGUCAAGCUGGCAUGCAUCCAGCUCGCCAGCGGCGCCGACAAGAGCGCCAACUUGUCGCAUGCCCGCGACAAGGUGCUUGAGGCCGCUGGCUCCGGCGCAAAGAUCAUCGUGCUGCCGGAGUGCUUCAACUCGCCGUAUGGCUGCGACUACUUCCCGUCGUACGCCGAGCCCCUGCUGCCAUCGCCGCCCUCCAAGGAGCAGAGCCCCAGCUUCCAUGCGCUGUCGGCAAUGGCGAAGGAAACCCAGACAUAUCUGGUGGCGGGGUCGAUCCCCGAGCUGGAGAUAGAAGGAGAGAAAGAGGAUAAGCAUUAUUACAAUACUUCUCUGAUAUUCGGGCCCGAUGGAUCAUUGCUGGCGACGCACCGGAAGGUGCAUCUCUUCGACAUUGAUAUCCCAGGGAAGAUCAAGUUCAAGGAGUCGGAUGUACUGAGCCCUGGAAACAAGGUGACGAUUGUGGAUCUUCCCGAGUACGGCAAGAUCGCGGUGGCUAUCUGCUACGACAUCAGAUUCCCUGAGCUGGCCAUGAUUGCCGCGAGGAAAGGUUGCUUUGCUUUGAUAUACCCCGGCGCGUUCAAUCUCACCACGGGCCCACUUCACUGGAAGCUUCAAGGCCAGGCGAGAGCCAUGGACAACCAAAUCUAUGUGGCUUUGUGUAGCCCGGCGAGAGAUAUGAGCGCAAGCUAUCAUGCCUACGGCCACAGUUUGAUUGUAGACCCUAUGGCGCAAGUCCUUGUAGAGGCCGAGGAGAAGGAGGCAAUCGUCUCUCACGAGAUAGAUGGCAGCAAGAUUGAGGAGGCUCGAAAGGGGAUUCCGCUAAGGGAUCAGAGGCGUUUCGAUGUAUAUCCUGAUGUGAGUGAAGGAGGAAAACUCAGUGACUCCAAGCAGCAAGAGAUAACGCAGUAG